AUGUACACUCGCAUCCGUUCACCACGACGCGUUACAAACUUUGAGGAGGCGAUCCCAGUGUUUCACGAGACACUUCAAGCCACUCCUAAUAGCCAUCCUGGUCUUCUAAGAUCCCUGAAUAGCCUGGGAAAGUCGCUCGUAAGUCGAUACGAGCGAACUGGAGAGCUAGGAGAUCUUAAAGAGGCGAUUGCGCUUCUCCGCCAGGCGGUUCAGGCCAAGCCUAGUCCUGAUGACUAUCUUUACAUUCCAUGA